GCCGCAGCGGGGUUGGGGGCGGGGGAAGAAGAGGAAGAGGUGGAAGAAAGGGAGGAAGAGGAGGAGGCGGAAAAGGCGGAGGAGGCGUGGUGGGGCUGCCGGGCCGGGACAUGGAGCAGCGCGACGGGGGCUGAGCGGUGUCCAAGAUGUUGCAGGUCCCGCUACCGCUGGAUCGGGACGGGAUCCUGUUCCGGCUGCGUUUCACCACGCUGGCUCUCGGGACUGUGUUCUGCCCCCUCUUUGGCUUCCUCUUCUGUGUCAUCUGGUCCCUGCUCUUCAACUUCCGUGAGACGACUGCGACGCACUGCGGGGUGCCCAACUACCUGCCGUCCAUCAGCGCGGCCAUCGGCGGCGAGGCCCCGCAGCGCUACGUGUGGCGCCUGUGCAUCGGCCUGCACUCGGCGCCGCGCCUGCUCGUGGCCCUGGCCUACUGGAACCACUACCAGAGCUGCCACUGCUCCCACCCCCGCUACCUGCGCCUCUGCCACCUCACCCUGCUGCUCAACCUGCUCGAGAACUUCGCCCUCCUCAUCCUCACCUACGUGUCCUCCACCGAAAACUAUGGGCUGUGGUGCUGUGAGCAGCAUCCCAGGAUCUUCCCCAGCCUUUGGGGUGAGGCUGUUCCGUGGUGGAGCCCAGAGACUGGGAUGGCUCCUGCUGAUGGAGCAAUCCACGAAAAUGCCUUCAUCGUGUUCAUCGCAUCGGCCCUGGGCCACAUGCUGCUCACCUGCAUCCUCUGGAGAAUGACUAAGAAACACACAGUAAGUCCCGAGGAGCGCAAGUCAUACAAGUGGAAGCAGCUGCUCUUCUUCUUCACCUUCAUCACGUUUGCGUUCGCCGUGUGUGUUUACUUCCACCACAACUGGUACUGCGGCCCUGGAGUGUACACUGUCUUUGCCUUCCUGGAGUACCUGGUUGUCCUCUCCAACAUGGCCUUCCACAUGACUGCCUUCUGGGACUUUGGCAACAAGGAGCUGGUGGUGAGCUCGCUGCUGGAGGACAAGCACUUCUAGGCAGCCCCGCUGCGGGGGCUGCUGCCGUGCUGCUGGGCCGGGCUGUUUGCUGUGCAGCUGCUGCGAGAUCGUGCCGAGAGCCAGGAGCGCCAGCUGCACCUGCAGCUCCUGCUGGGACCCCGUCCUGGCUGCUCCACGAGGGCAGGGAGGAGCAGGGUCCUGCUGCCUGUCGCUUUGGAGGAUGCUCCAGGGAGAGCAGGAUGCUGCUCCUGCUAUCAGGGCACGGGGGUCCAGCCCUGCCCUGUCCUUUCUUGGCCCGGGGGGUCUCACAGUUCCUCCUUCAGGCUGGGGGUCUUGGGGCAGGUCCUCAAAAAGGGCUGGUGGCCUUUUGGGCUGGCUUCAGGCACUGGUGUCCCACUGGGCUGGGCCAGGGUCCUGGCCCAUCUGUGCCUGAGUUCCCGGGAGGGAGCAGGAAGGUGCUGGGCUGUGCAGGGACUGCCUGGAGCAGGGUGGGAGUACACAGGACAGGGCAGGUGCUGGGAGCAUCCACACCUCACUCCUGCCUGUCCCAGGAGCCUCCCCAGCAGCACAGGCUGCUCCAGGGGUGCUGUGCCAUUCCAAGACGGUUUGAGGAGGAGGGGUGAGUGUGCUGGUGCUGGAGCUCUUUGCCCCAGUGUCCCCAUGGAUUCCCCUGUGCCAUGGGGCCGGAGCUGGGAACCGCUGGGGUUCAGCACUGCCCCCAAUGUGCAGCUCUGGCUGCUAGGGCACAGGGGACAUGACUGGAUGGCAGAUGGGGGAUACAGUGUCCCCAGGCUCCUCCUGCAAUGCCCCUGGAAGGGGCAGCUGGAGCUCUCUUGAUUUUGGGGAGGUCUGCACUUGCCAGGGCUCAUCCCACCGCACGCUUGGCCAGGAAGGACCAGCGUGGGUCCCUCCCUGCCCUUCACCUGGGCACAGCCACCCCUGAGAGCCCCCUGGGAUGUCCCACCGCUCCUCCCAGGGCUGGGCAGAGCCUCCUCCAGUGGGAGCUGGCAGAGCUGGGGCCGGGCUGGCUUCGAGCGGGUCCUGCCGCACGUGUCCAUCGUCACUGUCCCCAUCCAUGGGCUCCAUCCGUGUCCCUGCAUGCGUGUGACGCGCUGCGCCGCAGCGCCUUGGCUUUGAAGUGGAAAUAAAGCACCAAGUAUUUUUGUGA